UUAUUCAAAAGUCCACUUUAUCAAGUCUAUUUUAGUCGGUGUUAGGAGUGAUUUCGAAGUAGACAAGAAUUUGCGCAUAAUUUAUAAUUAUAGAUAUUAUAAGAAAAUGAAAACUUUAAUUUUUGUUACUUUCACCCUUGCAUUCUUAGUUGUUGUAGAAUGUAUUCCAUCAAGUAGAAGGCACUCGCACCAUGACGACAGUGACGAGAUAAUAAUAAUACGAAAUAAUCGCAAGCUGAAGUGUCAAGAAGAUGAUUCAUCGUCUUCAUCAUCAUCAUCAUCUUCAUCUUCAGAGGAAGAUAAUGAUUGCAAUAAGGGCCGAGAUAAAAAUGAUGAUUCUUCAUCAUCAUCAUCAUCAUCUUCCUCUUCGGAGGAAAGUGAUGACAGCAAUGAGUCGAAUAAUCAUUCUGGAUUUCAACAUAAGAAGUUUAAACACAUCAAGGGAAGGCGGGAUUAAGGAGAAUUAAGUUUACAUAUUAUUUGUAUAUUUUAAAUAUUGUAGUAAUAAUAAUGCUUUACUAUAUUCCGUCUUUUACUAUCAUUGAUAGUCACACAAUUAGUCAGUUUUUUAAUAAGAAUAAAUGUGAAUUGUUGAAA